AUGGCUGCCAAUAGCACAAAAAAAUAUACACUGGGAUCUCCUCAAGAGCACAUUCUUAUGCGUGAAUCUCACGAUUCACCUAUUGAUGUUAUAUGUGAGGACUGUGAUGAAUUUAUUUGUGGUGAUUGUGCGAAAUCAAAUCACAGAGAUCAUAACUGGAAAACUUUAACCACGGCUGCCACCCAAAGAAGGAGAGGUCUGCUUCUAUUUCUAAAGAAGAUUAAGGAAGAGAAUCUGCCUGGGAUAGAGGAGAAGAUAAAGAAAAUCCCACAACAGAUCACAGAAAAUAAAGAGUUCUGCGACUCUGAGAUUAAAAAGGUUCAGAAACAUUAUGAUGAGAUAAUGGCGCGACUGACAGUCAUCAAAAAACGCCAUGGAGAAACACUGAUGGAAAAUUUGGUAAGAAAGAAUGAUCAACUGAACCAUGUUAAAUCUGAAUUAGAGAAGAAGAGAAGAGGAUUUGUUGACACAGUGGAAUUCAUUAAGGAGAAUAACAGCACCAUGUCAGAUUACAGUUUGAUUGACAACCACAGAGAACUGACAAAAAUGAUAUCUGAAUUAGAGGUUCAUAUGACAAACUGUGAACAUUCAGUAAGAUUUACUAGAAGUGAAAUCAAUGAUGUCUUUCUUGAGUCUCUGUUUGGAAAAACUGUAGAUUUAGAUAAUAUUGGUGUAACUCAAAGAAAGUCAUUUCAAUAUGGAGAUAACAAAAUAUUUUUGUUGGAGACAUUCAUUGAAGAUCAAUGUUACAUCAAAGAUAUUGACUCAGAAUAUAUAGAAAAGGUGAAUCAGCAAGGCGCAAAAAAACGAAAACUUAGUAUCGAUGCUAAUGACAUGUAUGUUACUAGUAAUGGUGAUGUUUAUUUAACUGAUUCCAGUGACAACUCCAUUAGCUGUCUGUCACCAUCAGGAUCUGUCUCCACAGUCAUCAGUACAGAUCCACUGGAACCAGGAGGAAUCUGCCAGUCAGUGGGCGGUGGACUACUGGUCACAUUGGCAGACAAAGAUUCAGAUCCUUACAAAUUAAAGCCACAUAGCAGACGUCUGAUGAGACACAUCACAGUGACAGGUGAUGUCAUCCGUGAGUAUGAGUACCAGGAGGACGGUCAGACCAGACUGUUUACAGCGCCAAACAGAAUCACACAGAACAGUAACAGUGUUAUCUGUGUUGUGAACAGUAAAAGUGACACUGCAGGUGAACUAGUGAUUAUGUCUCCCUCUGGUCACGUGAAGUCUGUCUAUCGUGGACAGAAUCUGACAGAAAACUUUAAUCCUACUGAUGCGGUGUGUGACUCCCUCUGUAAUAUUCUUGUUGCAGAUAUUAACAACGAACUGAUCAUUAUGUUGAGUCCUGAUGGGGAGUUUCUUAAAAUUCUACUACAAGAAGAUGAAGAGAUCACUCCAUACUCGCUGUCCCUAUACAAGUCUACACUGUGGGUCGGAUACUGGGACGGACUUGUCAAAGUGUUCAAUUACACAAUUUAA